CUUUGUCACUUAUUCUAGUCAAAUUCUCUUACUCUAAUUGUUUGGUGCCACCAAACCCAGUUGUGCAAAAAAGCUGAAAAGCAGCCCUCUCAUCACCGUGGUUCCUCCUUGUCUUCUUCUUUUUCCUCUUCUUCUUCGAGGUAAAGUACCUUUUGUCGUUCCCCUGACAUGGAACAUUAAAACCACAAUAUCUACCUGUGAGGUGAAGAGGAAAUACUCAUAUAAACAACCCCCCACACAGUACUUCUCCUGCUCCUCGUUGUUCGCCCUCCGGUCCUGCAGAGUUCGCUGUUCGCUUCCGCCGAACAGAGUUCGCUUUCCUCUCAGCGAAGUGUCGUCGACGCGGAACUCGGUGCGUGUGUUCGCGGUGCCGCUGGCUCUCUUUGUCCGCAGAAAAGGAGCAAAAUGUGCGCCGUGCGGCUGCUGCGCGUAUCGGUGCACGAGCGGCUCGGCGCCGCCGCCGAAGACGUUCUGCUGCGGGUGGAAAAGGGAGAAGAAGCGGCUGAAACGGCGGCACUGAGAGCGCUGCUCACCGAGCGGCUAGCGGCGGCUGCGGAGGAGAUUGUCGGUCUGUUCGAGGAAACCGUGGCGGAGUACGAAGAGCGAGCGGAGCGGUCGGAGCGGGAGAUCUGUCGCCAGAGGAGGCUGCUCGAUGCCGUGCUGAAGCCCGAGGUCAGGCUGCACAGGGCAGACGACAUUCUGGACCAGGAGAACCCAGAGCCCCCCCACAUUAAAGAGGAACAGGAGGAAAUCCACACCAGUCAGGAGGCUGACAUGAAGGUCUCAUUCACUCCUGUGAAGAGUGACGAUGAUGAAGAGCAAACUCAGUCCUCACAGCUUCAUCAGAAACAAGCUGAACAGAUGGUGACAGAAGGUGAUGGAGAGGACUGUGCAGGACCAGAACCAGAAAGGGACUCGGGUCCAGAACCAGCUCCUGGCAAUCAUGGUUUUUGGAAGGAGAUUAGAGAACCUCCGUCAGGUUCAAACCCGCUGAACGAUGAAGGAGAAGUUAGCGAGUCCGGGUGUGAUGCAGGAGAAAAACCAAUCGUCUGCUCCGAGCUUCGGAAAAGAUUUGUAAAAAUGGAAACCCAAAAGGGUCACCUGAUCCAAACAUCAUUCAGCUGCUCGGUUUGUGAGAAGUUCUUUGCCCAGAAGAAACACCAGAGGACUCCAACCGGAGAGGAACCGCUCAGCUGCUCCGCUUGUGGCAAAGCUUUCAGCAGGAGAGGAACGCUGAAGGUCCAUAAAAGAUCUCCCAGGGGAACCGACGCGUUUGGCAUCGCUUUGUGUGCAAAUGUGAAUGAAGGCAUGGACAAUGAAGCAGGAGAUCAGAGGCGUGGCGCUGGUCACCAAAGAUUUGCGUUGCUCAAAGACCUCGAGCAGCUGUUGGAGGUUAAAGAAGAACAGAAAGAGAGAAGCUCCAGUCUGGACCGGGAGAACCCAGAGCCCCCCCACAUUAAAGAGGAACAGGGGAAACUCCCCAUCAGUCAAGGGCUGCAGGAGGCUGAUAUCACAAAGUCCACCGUCACUCCUGUGAAGAGUGAAGAUGAAGAAGCUGAGUCCUCAGAUCUUCAUCAGAGACAAACUGAACACAUGGAGACAGAAGGUGAUGGAGAGGACUGUGGAGGACCAGAACCUGACAGGAACCCAGGUUUACGUAGACAUCUAGAACCUGUUGAUGAAGAUGAAAACUCCUCUGAACCGGGUACUGAUAACAGUGAUGAUUGGAAGGAGACCAGAGAACCUCGGUCAGGUCUCAAUAAUGAAGCUAUUUCUUUCAGUGGUUCCAUGUGUGGUUUGGAUGAAAAGCCAUUUAGCUGCUGUGAGUGUGAUAAAAGAUUUAGCCUCAAGACAUGUCUGAACAGACACAUGAGGUCUCAUAACGGAGAGAAACCUUUCAGCUGCUCAGUUUGUAAGAAAUCUUUUGGACGGAGAGAAACCUUACAGACACACAUGAGAAUCCACACGGGAGAGAAACCAUUCAGCUGCGCUCUCUGUGAGAAGCGAUUUUUGCGCAAAGCUCAUCUGAAGAGACACAUGAUGACGCACACAGGAGAGAAACCUUACAGUUGCUCUGUGUGUGGCAAGAGCUUCACGCAGGCGGGGAGUCUAAGACAACACAUGAGCAUCCACACGGGAGACAAACUGUACAGCUGCAGUCUAUGUAACAGAAGAUUCCCCUGGUACACCAGCUUCAAACACCAUCAGUACGUCUGUCAUCGCUCCUUCGUCUCCUCACAAACUGACUGAAGAAAUGGAGCAGAACCACACAGGAACUCCGUGUCGGACUGUAGCGUCCUUGUGGAAUGAGACAAAUGUACAACAUAUUAAGGUGAACGUCCUCUUUUACAAUGCCGCUGUUUUUCUCAUUUCUAUAUUUAUGUGUAUUUAUUGAAUGGUUGUGAGGUACAAAUGGGACGAUGCUCUUUUACAUCCUGUCUGAUAAGAAAUGAACUUAAGUUAAAUGUUGGAUUCAACUCAAUUUCCAUCUUUUCAUUUAAAGCAGAAUACAAUUGUAUUUUAAAUUUGUUUCAAAGAUCUGAAAAUGUAUGUAAAAUAUUUAACAAUCUUCAAAAUGAGGCAGAAGGAAAUCACAUAGUAACUAGUGAGUAGAGUUAAAGCCCCGUUAUUCUUGGACGUGGCUACAAUCCGAAGCCCACGGUGCAUUGGGUCCUUUUGAUUGACACGCGCUCCUGAUCUUGAAUCUAGACUCGAUUGCUUUUCCUUGACGUCACGGAUGUUGUCGUUGAAUUUUUUGUGGUUGAAUAUUUUAAUGUUGAAUUGUUUUUGGUUGAAUUUUCUGCAGUAUUUUAACGUUGGAAAACAUUCAGAUACAUCAUUUCAAUGCAGAAAUAUUCAGUGCUAGAAAUUCAAUCACCUUUUUCUUUCAAAACCCGAUUACACAGAUUUACUUGCAUAGUUUUACCUAUUUCUUAUUUAAAUAUAUUCCUUUAAGGUAGACUAGUUUCUGUUCAAACAGACAGUUCUGUGCAGGAACACGAGAUGAACCAUUGCAGAGGAUGGACACCAGUAUUUGGCUCCAGGUGGAACCUGAAGGUUAGCUGUGAAGAGAUGGAUGUGGAAGGAUCAACUCUGAAGGAGUGUUUAACAUCAGAUCCCCCCCCCCCCCCCCAGUACACCCUGGACCACACCUGCUCAUUUCUAUACAAACUCCCUGAGGAGGCUCGUUCCUUCAUGAGUCUUCACCUGCCCCUUCCUUCUCCAAUGGACCUUUAGAUUGAACAUCUACUGGCUCAGCACCUGGUGAUGCUCAAGUGGAGACCUUGUUCUCAGCACUCGCAGCAAGUAUUUCAAUCACAGAUUGAAACCAGCAGUGUGUCAUUUCUACCAGCGAGACAACACUAUGCGCACAUUUCCAUUUGCUAAAGAAAUAAACCAACAUCAGAUCAAAUAUCAAAACAAUGGGAUUCGUUUGUGUUCCUAACAGAAUCCAGGUGGUGGAUUCACUGAUGGUUCCCAUCAUCAUUACUAAAUGCACAGUGUCGCAGGAGUUCAGGGCGGGACCCAAUAGGAACCACAAGUCCAGCAUCAGGAGAAGAAUGGACUUCAUUUCUAGACAGGUUUGAGCAGCCGUGUUGUGGGGCCCCUUCAGUCCUCCAGGGGGCGCUCUAUGGAGAAGUGGAGGCUCCAAAGUGGACCAAAGGGUUCCAGUGUGGAGGCCAUGAGUCUGUAGAAGCUCAGGCUCAGAGAGAAACACCUUCUCACCUGGUGGAGCUGUUGGACUCACCUGUCCAGAAGGUUUGUGGGGGGGGCAGCAGCUGUGCAGGAGGUGAACAUUCAAGGAGACUGGAGGCCAGUAGAUGACCAUUGCUGGACUCUGAAGGAAGCCAACGUUACCUGUAGACAGCUGGACUGCGGCAUACAUAUUUAUCGGUGCUUUUUUACGAUGCUUGAUUUACACGUGACAUCCACAUCGUUAAAAAGUGCUUUACAGACGCGAAAUACUGAAAUAACCGUGAAUUAAGCAAUCGCGUUAAUUAGUAACAUCUGUAGAAUUCUUCAAAAAGCUUUAUUAGUCGUAUACAUUUGGAUGUUGUGGACAGAGUGAUCCUACAGGAUGUAGAGCAUGUGGGAAUGAACGGAAAAGAUGGGCAUGAAGACGUGGUAACAUUAAACUG